UUGAGAAGUUUAUAUCAUGCAGAAUAAUAGGAAAGAGUUCUGCUUUCAGUAUUAAUCACGAAGUAGAGGUAGAGAUUGCAGGUGAAAUGUUCUUUCUGACAGGCCUGCAUCUUAGUCCUAAGGGCCGCUUAAGACAUGAUUCAACAAUGCGUGAUUUGUUUCUCCUUGGACUUGUUUUAAGUCUUAUGAACUCUGCAAUGGUGAGUGCUGACUCAAAAGAAUGGAAAGGAAAAGGAUCAACAAGAAACUUGAAGGAAAUAAUGAUGGGAAGGUGCUUUGACUACCUUCAGAGUGUAAAUCCCAGUGCAGGGGAGAAAGACUGUCCAAAGAUUUGGGAAAGUUUUCUGAAUGCAUUUAGUGGCAAAGACCCAUGUAAUAUCAAAAUGGAGGAUUAUGAACCAUUUUUGAAACUGGCAGAUCAUGACAUCCCAGUCAAUCAGUCAAUCUUCUGGAGCCGGACAAAAGAUCUCCUCCAAAAGUUCACCAAAAUCACAGGGAAGUACAUGCCCCUUGAGAGCACUUUGACCGGUUAUUUGACAGAUGGCUUGAACUGGUGUGGGAGAGAUUCCAAGCCAGGACCGGAUUACGAAUCAUGCCCUGAAUAUAAUGAUUGUGAAAACCAUCCAUUACGUUCAUUUUGGAGAGUGGCCUCUCAGAACUAUGCAGCAAAGGCCCAAGGUCAAGUGUCGGUGAUGUUGAAUGGAUCUGCAAAUGUUGACACUUUCAGGAGCGGCAGUAUUUUUGCUGAAAUAGAACUCGCACAGUUGGACAAGGAGAAGGUUACCUCUGUUCACCUCUGGAUCAUGGACAAUAUUGACGGGCCUGAUAAGGAGUCGUGUGGUAUCGCCAGUGUUGCUGAAUUAGAAGCUAUUCUCGCGGAGAAAAAUCUGAAGUUCACUUGCUUGGAUAAUUAUAGGCCUAUUCAAAUGCUCCAGUGUGUUACCAAUCUAGACAGUCCAUCCUGCAAGUUAGGAGACACUCCACAGUGUGAUGUAUGACUGAAAAAGGCUUCUUUGGGAAACUUCUAAAGCUACUCGCAUCUACAGGACAAAACUAUGAUGAAUAUCUCUACAUAAAUGUGUAUUGUUAUUAUCCCAUCUUGAGGUGAUUUUAAUUUCAUGUGUGAUUUUUUUUGAAGAAAUGUGUGCUUUUAAAAUAAUGGGAAGAAACAUCUAGCAGUUACUAUAAUAAACUGACAUACCACCA